GCUGGGCCAUUGUCACCCCUAGAACUUCGGCAUCACCCCAAAAGGAAACCCCAGUGCGUGGGAAGCCACUCCCCACUCCCGUGGCCCCUGGCGGCCACCGGUCUGCCGUCUGCCCCUGUGGCUGCGUCUAGUGGACGCAUCUCCUGUCAGCAGGAUCACACAACAUCUGUCCCCUUGCGGCCGGCUGCCUUUCUUCCACGGAGCACGCUUCCAGGAUGUGCCCAUGCUGCGGUGCGUGUCAGCGCUUCACCCCCUUUUUUUAACGGCCGGACAGACAUGUGCAUGCAUCAGUUGAUGUGUGGACUUCUGACACGCCACCGUCCUAUUUUAAAUGCAUGGGUGGCAGUGCUGUGUGGCCCUAAGCGCAUACCCGCUGGCCUGACGGGGUCAGAGGGCCGACAGCUUAAGGCUGCUGCAGUGGGACUUGCUUCUGCACGGCCCCUCAGAAUGGGCCUGGGGGGCGCUGUUCUCCUCAUCCUCCCCAGGAGGACCUCGGGGCUCAGAGCGGCGGGAAGAGGUGCCUAGGAAGAGGCCUGCAGGGCAGCCCCUGAGUCCACUCCCCCGGUGGCUUUUCUACCCACAUCAGGGCAAACUGUUCGGUUCUGGAGUGAGUGGGAGUCAAAGCGCUAACUUAUGGCUGUGACCUUGAACUUCCCCGUGACUCAGUUUCCCCCGGUGUGCCGGAAGAGCCUCUCCCCGAGGCCUGAGCUUGCUGACAGGGUCACUCCCACCUUCCCCAGCAUCCAUCUGGGCGUGAAUUAGCUCUGGUCAAGUCGGUCUAGCGGCACCUGAACCCAAAGGUGUGGCACCUGGGUUGUCCUGAUAACCGGAGAUUCCUCCACAGACCUGUCCUGGGGCGGGGUGGGGAAGAAACAGCCUCCCGAGUCCUCCAAAAUGGGGGUCACCAUUGAACUUUCCCUGCUGAAAGCCAUUUAGUAAGCAAGUGUCUCUCGGGAUCUGCCCCGCCCCAGACAGCUUUCCUCCGACCCCCGUUUUCCAAAAGGACGCAGGGACGGGAAGCGACGUCCCAGCUUGCGUGUUAACACGCGGCAGAGUGUUUCUCAACUCUCCAAGAGAACCUCGCGUCCUGGAUCGCCGCCUUCAACUCCGCGAAGUCAACAGCCCCGCAGGAAACUUGCGUUACUGCACCCGCUGCCGCAAACCCGGGGCGGUGGACCGGCCGCCGAGCUGGCUCCCGCGGAAGGCGUCCCCUCGGCGACCAGCCCGCCCUCCCCGGGGCACCCCGCGGCACCUGCGGCCUCCGGAACCAUGUCGGGCAGGUCGGUUCGAGCCGAGACCAGGAGCCGGGCCAAAGAUGAUAUCAAGAGGGUCAUGGCGGCUAUCGAGAAAGUGCGCAAAUGGGAGAAGAAGUGGGUGACCGUGGGCGACACGUCCCUGCGAAUCUACAAGUGGGUCCCUGUGACGGAGCCAAAGGUUGACGACAAAAACAAGAACAAGAAGAAGGGCAAAGAUGAGAAGUGCGGCUCCGAGGUGACCACGCCGGAGAACAGCUCCUCCCCGGGGAUGAUGGACAUGCACGACGACAACAGCAACCAGAGCUCCAUCGCUGACGCCUCGCCCAUCAAGCAGGAGAACAGCAGCAACUCCAGCCCCGCGCCGGAGCCCAACUCGUCCGCGCCCGGUGAGGGCACCGGUGCCAAGGCCGACGAGGCCCAGGCCGAGGGGAAGGAGCUCCCUGGGACAGAAGAUGCUUCUGACGAGCCGAACUCCCAGUCUUCAGCAGAAAACUCGAUGAACAGCUCAGAGAAGGUGGAGAGGCAGCCGUCGGCCGAGGCGGGUCUGGCUGCAGAGACGUCCUCAAUCUCUCAGGAUUUGGAAGGAGGGCCCCCCUCCAAAAAGAUGAAACUGGAGGCUUCGCAACAAAACUCCGAAGAGAUGUAGACAUGCGCCUCAGACUCCGGUCCGAGUUUCAUGGGAGACCCGUCAGCCGGCCUACUUCUCCAGCUUCCCCGAGCGAGCCCUCGGGUCGGAACUACUAACUUUCCAAGUUUACCAAGUGCAAAUCCAAGAAAACCUAGAACGGCGCGACUUCUCAGACACUGAAGAACUUUCUGCUGUGAAGCAAAACACUCGAAUCUUGAAGUGACUGUCCUUGUGGAGGCGGGUUGACAGCUCAGGAGUGUCAGACACUGUCUCUGAAGCCAAGAUUACAUUUGCGUUGCUGCUGUAUUGUCCCCCCUUCCCCCCCUGCCCACUUCUCUCUCUAACGAUAUAAGCUAUUUGAGGGUGGUACCCAUCAGGAAUUCGCGUUUCGUCGGGGCUUGUCACUGUUCACUGAUUCCUCCCGCUUUCUUUUUUGUGCCUUGUGCCCUUGAGGUGACCUCUGGCAUGUUUUCCUGGUUGUUUUGCAUCUCCCUUUGCAAAGUGCCCUCUCGGUUUUGUUGAGGCUGCCACUGCCCCAGCCCUCACAUCUCACUCCUCCCUGCCCUGGGACUUAAGUGGGAACAGAGCAGGCAGGGAGGAGGAGAGCCUGAGGCUGCUGGUGAGUAGGACCUCCUUGGCCACCUGCCCAGCCUGCGGGGUUCGAGGAGUCUCAGAUGUCAGGGCACCGUGUCCCCAAGCGCCAGCCACUUGAUAUGCUCACCUCCUCGGGGCAUCUGAGCCUGGUAUUUCCAAGCGUCCCAAAUGGACGUGCAGAACCCUUAGACUUCUGGCGCUUCCACCCUCUGCCCCUACCACCCAGCUUUCCCCAACACCACUGAAGACGGAAUGGCUCCCAUGGCCGACGGCAGGGUGGGCUCACGGCGAUCAAAGGGUUGAGGAGGCAGCCAGCAGACGGCAGGAGUAGCCGGUGCUGAACUUCCUCUCCCAGGACAGGACGUUGCUUGGAUUUCAACUCCACAAGGAACCUGCCGCCCUCUGCCUCUCCAGGUCCCCCGACCCCCACCCUGGGGGUGGGGAGGGCAGGUGCAAGAUUGCAGUCCAGGAAAUCCACCUGCUUCUGCGUCACGGUCCUGACCCCAUGGAGCCAACAGCUGGAUCCCGUCUCAUUCCCAGGACACCCCAUCAUGGGUCCCCAGCCAGGAGCAGGCCUUGGUGGUUCAGCCUUGGAGGCCAGAGGGAGGAGUUGGACGGCUUUGCCCGCCUCCAGGAAGGGGCGGUCGGACCCGGUCCCCAUCCCCGCUUGCCCGGGGCAGCUCCCUCUCGCCGAAGCGGAGCCGCGCCCUUGGACCAGCGGCCUGAGUGUUUGGUUCUGAGGCCUGGUGGCCCUUAGUUGCUAUGACUUGCCAGACCUGAGCCCUCCCCCUGAGCUUUCUUUACUGCACUGGAGUUCCAGCUCCCUUCGAGUUGUGUGUGGCUGGGGGGAGGGGGCGUCCGCGGGGUUUUGUUGGUUGUUUUCUGUUCGUUUCUUUUUUGUUUGUUUGUUUUUUGCUAAUCGGUGCAUAUUCAGGUGCCACCUUUGAUGUGGGGGCGCUCUCUCCCUGACCACCACGGAAGUGUCUGCCAGGUUCCACUUUCUACGAGUUUCUGAGGGUGAGGCUCUCGCUUUAUUUUUCUUUUAAGAGAGCCAAUCUAUUUCCUGCACUUCAAGAAGAAUCAAAAUGUUCCUGAAUUUCAAAUACCUCAUGCAAAAAUGUCUCCUGAAAUAAGGGAAAACAAACAAACAAACUUUGGAAAUCUCAACGUUGAAGUGAGCGGUGGCCGAAAGGUUUCUGUCUUAAAA